AUGGAUCCCCUCAGCGUCACAGCUAGCAUCAUUGCAGUUCUCCAGCUCUCGGGUAAGGUCCUUGGGUACCUAAACGACGUCAACGAUGCUUCCAAAGAUCGUGCAAGGUGCGCCGUUGAGGCCUCAAACGCACACAGCCUCCUUACCAACUUAAGGUUCCGUCUCGAGGAGGGAAGCGUGGACGCACCGUGGCACACCGCCAUCCGAGCCCUUGGAGUCGAGAAUGGACCGCUCGACCAGUAUAAGCAGGCGCUGGAGGUACUACAGACUAAGAUGACCGAUGGAGGUAGAUUACAGCAGGCAGGCAAAGCGCUGAUGUGGAAGUUCAAGAAGGAAGAAAUCGCUAGCAUAUUGGCCGGAAUCGAGCGUUUAAAGACGCUCGUGGGGAUCGCGUUGCAGAUAGACAAUUUCUCGUUGGGAGUUGCGUAUGUGUACUGCAACUACAAAGCAAAGGAAGAGCAGGAUGCCUCUAGUAUGCUGGCAGCUAUCGUUAAGCAGCUAGUGCAGGGUCGACCAUCGACGGCAGAGCCUGUAGAACGACUAUACAAGCAGCAUGCCGAUCGAGGCACGAAGCCAUCGCUUGAGGAGAUCUUUGGCGCCCUCCGAGAGGUAGUUGCAAUGCACCCCACUGUCUAUAUUGCGAUUGAUGCUCUGGAUGAGUGUCGAGACAGCGACGGCACUCGCCGCCUGUUUCUAGCCAGACUCCGAGACUUGCAGGCAGGACAAGAUGUUCGCCUUGUGACCACCUCGCGGUUUAUACCCCAAGUCGAAACUGAAUUUAAACAAGCGCACAGGCUCGAAGUCCGAGCUAGCAAUGAAGACGUGAGGCGAUUUAUAGCCGGCCAGAUGUACCGACUACCUAAAUGCAUUCAGCGAGACCCUGCGCUGCAGCAAAUGGUGGAAGAGAAAAUCGCGGAGAAAGUAGACGGCAUACAAGACAACGGCGAAGAAGUUUCGAGCGCUACGCAGGUGCUCUUAGCUCCGAGAUAUAAGUACCGCGGUUAUAGCCAAAAAUAUCCUAAGAACAGCACAGGAUUACAUCUUGCAGCACGAUUCGGUAUAUCAAGCACACUAGAAAAGUUACUCUCAAGUCAAGGGCAAGAGAAAAAACUUGUAUUAGAACGGAAGGAUAGCUACGACCAAGCUCUAUUAUAUCUCGCAGCAGACAACGGACAUUAUGGGACGACAGAGCUGCUGCUUGAGAAGGGCGCCGACGUCAACGCGCAGGGUGGAGAGUACGGUAACGCACUCCAGGCGGCUUCAGCACGAGGCCACGAGGCGAUUGUGAAGCUGCUGCUUGACAAGGGCGCCGACGUCAACGCGCAGGGUGGAGGCUACGGCAACGCACUCCAGGCGGCUUCAGCAGGAGGCCACGAGGCGAUUGUGAAGCUGCUGCUUAACAAGGGCGCCGACGUCAACGCGCAGGGUGGAGGCUACGGCAACGCACUCCAGGCGGCUUCAGCAGGAGGCCACGAGGCGAUUGUGAAGCUGCUGCUUAACAAGGGCGCCGACGUCAACGCGCAGGGUGGAGGCUACGGCAACGCACUCCAGGCGGCUUCAGCAGGAGGCCACGAGGCGAUUGUGAAGCUGCUGCUUAACAAGGGCGCCGAUGUCAACGCGCAGGGUGGAGAGUACGGUAACGCACUCCAGGCGGCUUCAGCAGGAGGCCACGAGGCGAUUGUGAAGCUGCUGCUUGACAAGGGCGCCGGUGUCAACGCGCAGGGAAGAGUGUGUGGCAAUGUAACUUACGCGGAUUCAAUUUGA